UGGCGACGACGUUAAAAAAGAAACAGCAGAAAUAGCUGCCUCCUCGAUUUGCGAUCAAUACUGAUUCCAUCUCUCUGCGGCGACUCGCAGUGUCUUAGUGCAGUCUAGAGUUUGGAUUGUGUCCCUCGCGCUGAUGUGUUUGUGGUAAGUUUUUGUCUGCGAGAAAAUGUCAAUAAAUCAAUGAAGCGGUCGUCUUGACUCUCCAAGAACGAAAUGGAUGUAAAGCAGAGCUUUGAGCUCAAAACACAAGAACUUGAAAUUUGGCUAUGCACAGAGUCUUCAACAUUAAACAUAGAAUAGUUAGAAGAGAAGAAAUACUGAGAGCUCCUCUUGCAACUUUUGAUACUAUUGAUCUUGGUGAUGAAGAUGUCAACUCUGAUGGUACACAAAGUACAACAUUCAAAAGCAGUGACAAUUCUUCAUCUAGUGUGCAGCUGCUGAACACCAAAUCACAGGAAGCAUCACUUCAUGAUGGACGUUUAAAGUCAACUGGAAACAUAGGGGCUAACAAUUCUAAAAAGGGCCUGUCUCAGGCGGGUGGGGAGGAGAAAGGAGGAAAGGAAUCUGAUGCCGCAAAGGAGAAGCAGGGAGCCAGCAAUCAGAGUGAGAAUGUAGAAAAUAAAAAUGAGAGUAAUCUAGCGGCUUCUGGAUCUGAUUCUCUUGAGAGAUCUGAAUCACAUCGACCCGAUUCUCUGCCGCAGAAGAGUGAAUCUCCAUCUUCUAGUAAGCAGAAAGAUGCUGAGAAGCAGGAUGAGAAACCUUCAUUCACCAGCGGCUUGAGUCGACAAGGAACAAUCGGAAGAGUAACCAUUCCUAUAAAAAAGCAAGAUUCUGACUCUUCCUCUAGCUCAGGCUCGUGUAAUGAAACAACUUUUAAGUUUCAAGCCUCCCGUCCUUCCAUUGGCCACUUAGACUAUACGGAUGUAGAUGGAAACUUAGAUGAACAUUGCUUUGAUAAAGAUACUCACCUGUUCCCUGAAAAUAUUGACCCUAGUCAGAUUCUUUCCCCUUCUAAACGUAAAGCUUAUGAAAGACGCAUUGAAAGGUUGAGAGUGACCACAUCACCCAUUGCUCGUCCUCGCAGUCAUACUCCGAUUAGUGUUGUUACCCUUGAUGAAUAUGCAAAUAUCAGCUCUCCUGAGCUCUCCCCUGCACCCCCUUCUCUCAUUCCAGACAAACUAAAAAUAACUCUGCCUUGUGAUGAGUUCACACUAAAGCCAAAAACACCCAAACUUCAAAGUGCUAAAAGAAAAGAUUCAGAUGAAGUUUGCUUUGAGUUUACAGAAGAGAUACUCUUCAGCCGCACAAAAUCUGCUUUGGUUGUGAGCGAGGAUGGUCAGAUUCCUGUUUCCCCUAGAAGGGUUCUCAUUCCACCAACUUUAACACCUUCCACAUCACCGAAACUCUCAACUGGCCCAAGAUUCCCAGGAACUUCUGCGGGUGAUGAUUCCCCCAGUGUAUCUCAGCUGCUGUACAUCCAACAAAAUGAAUCAUCUGUUUCUUUCUUUGGUGAUGCAGUAAGUGAACCACAGGAAGAGAACUGGGCAACUUUUCCAGAGAGCUUUUCUCUGGGCUGUCCAAUUGAAAACAACAAUGUUGAUGUGUGUGAAAAGCUUAAAUGUGAUAAUAUUUCAAGUAUUACCUCAGAUUCUUGUGAUGAUGAUCCUGGGACACCAGAAAAUCGUUGUGUAAAAUGUUUCUUACCACUAAGUCAGCAUAAAAGUUCAGUUUGUGAGUUUGUUGGCAAUGAACAGACAAUUUGGACAAACCUUUCUAAUCACCAAAACAUUUCUUCUGAAGAUCCUGGCCUUUCUACAGUAACACUUGAGGUCACCCCAUUGAUAAAGAGGUUUACAGAGUUAGACUCUGAAGAAAUACUUACAGUUGAGAUUGAUCAGUCAGCUAAAUUGGUUGCUAUAGAUAUCAAAACUGCUGCAUCUUAUGAAGAGGGACAAAAAGUAUGUGAAAAAUUCGAGGAUAGCAACUUUUUGCAGCUCUGCUCAGAAAACUGUGUUGAAGUUCCGUCAAAAAAAAACAAUAUAGAGGAAUCUGCUGUGAAUUUGCCUUCAGACCUCCAUCCUUUUCCUGUUUCGGAUGAAGUAAAUAAAAGCCAAGGUGCAUCUUCCAAUGAGCCAUUGUCUACCUUUGGUCCCAAUACUGCUGGUCAUCCUGUACCUUCAAUACUAACAGAUGACGAACUUUCUCAUUGUUUUGUAGAGGAUGAAAAAGAUAUAUCACUCUCUUUUGGACAUUUUGACCAAUUUCCAUCAACUCCAUUAGAGUUUUCAGUCCCCAGUGUGAGCAUUACUGGAGAUAAUUGUAAUUCUUCAGCUAACAGAGUGAUUGAAGGAAGACCAGAAUCUUUGGAAAAAUCUUCAUUGCCUCCAGUGGAUUGCUCAGCUUCUGUUGAUCUUAAUCAGGGAUUUCAAAAUAUUUUAACAGAAAGACCACCAAGCACAAAUCCCUUUGAUGAGCUUCAAAAUAAUCUACCAGACCGACCUCCAAGUACUAAUCCUUUUGAGGAAUUUCAAAGUAUACCCAAUCGGCCGCCUAGUGUAAAUCCCUUUGAGGAAUUCCAGAACAUUACACCACAACGACCUCCGAGUACUAAUCCGUUUGAGGAUUUUCAAACACUUACACCACAGCGCUCCCCCAGCACAAAUCCUUUUGAGAAUUUUCAAACUCUGAUACCUGUUAGAUCUCCAAGUACAAAUCCAUUCGACUUUUUGUCUAAUGUUGUACCAGACCAACCACUUAACAUUGAACCUUUAGAGAUCAAUUUUGAGUCUCAAGUGAUAGUUUCAGAGAAUUUCAGUCAGCUUCCUUCUGAAGGUCCUGGUCAGUCUAGUGACCUGCUGGACUUUUUAUCAUCUUCCUAGAUUUUGUAACUCAAUUUGUUUAACUCUCUUUACAGAUUCAUCAGACCUGUGUGUAUGUGUGUGUGUUGUGUUCAGUCAAUGCAUGCGUGCUGGAGUGACAGGAGCUGAAUGGAACCAUCACGUGACUUGUUUCCUUUUAGACUUAGCUCUGCAAGCUACCAGGGGAUAGCA